CACAACAUCUCUCUUGUCAACCAGUUUACGAUUACAAGUAGAGAUGGAAAAAUAUGCAAGUGUGACAAAAGAAAAGGUUAAAAACUACAUAUGCGACGAUCUUGCAUUUUGUAUUCUAUCAAAAUUGCCACUAAAAUCUUUGAAGCGAUUUGGAUGCGUACGUAAAUCAUGGCUUUUGUUAUUUGAAAACCAUAAAUUCUUGAGUAUCUUUCAAAACAAUUUCCUCUCUUAUGAUCAUUCGUACUACGAUGAUACAUCUCUUCUCCUACAACUUACUGAUAAAGAUUUGUGUUCAUUUCCUAGAGAUAGUUUUGAGGAUGUAGUCAAAUUGGAUUUGCCAAAUCCAUUUCAAGAUGAAGACCCUUCUUUAUGGGUUUUGGAUUCUGGUAGUAUUACCGGAAUUCUUUGUCUCUACCAUAGUGAUAAAAGAUUUUUUUGUGAUAAAAGAUUUGUAUUAUGGAAUCCAACAACAGAGGAAUUCAAGAUCAUCCCUGAAAGCCCUCUUGAGCCUGUAUCACCUUAUGUAAGAGAUCACGAUAUUCCACUUGGAUUUGGUUAUGACCAUGUUAAAAAUGAUUAUAAGUUGAUUACGGGUGCAUGUUUCUUUUAUGGGGAUUAUCAAUAUUAUGAUGGAAGUCCUGAUUAUGUUUGUUACCCAGAAUUUGUUUGCGACUACGAAAUAUAUAGCCUUAGAAGUAACUCUUGGAGAAAAAUUGACGAAGAUGUCUCUUUUAUACCGCUACAUUCUAGAGUGGCUUUUGUGUCAUUGGUGGCAUUUUAA